AUGCAGUGGGCCGGCAAGCAGUUGAAGCGCUUCUUCCAGCCCAAGCCGGCUGAUGAAGUCUCUCCUCGCCGCACGACGGCCGAGGCUCAUCCACAGGAGUCUCGAACAAAGGGCCAGCUGAAAGAAGAGGCGGUGAGAUUGAAGAGCCAACUUGACGCCUUGACUGCGGGACUGGAAGUCUCUGUUGUAAAUGGGACUUGGGUUCAACGCUUCAUUGAUCUGCACCAGCAGCACCUGGAGAUUGGCUGUCGACUGGAGGAUGGCACCGUAAAUGUGCAAGCAGAGGUCAAGCGGCUGCAGCACGUUUUGGCCCACUCCAAAGUUGUGGCGGCGCUGGACACACCAGGGUUGUACCGCGGACGGACUGGCCAUUUAGGGCCUCCAGCACGCCGGACGGACGUUUUCAGCUCGAGUUUAGAUGAUGACAGCGAUGAGGUCCUGCAUGGCGACCAGGCGAGACAAGGUCAAGCAGCGAAAGGUUCCGGCGAGGAUCACGACGACCUGGAGCGCUCGUAUGAUGCUUUCGACACUUUCCACGCACCAGGUGGCUCGUUUCAGCCGCCUUCGCGCCAAACCAAUCAGGCUGCGAACCCUGGACGUGCGCAGGCAGUCGACCAAGCGGCAGCAGCACGCGCGGAAGCAGCGCGCAAAGUAGAUGAGGAAGGGCUGGCCACAGAAGCCAUUGAGGCAGCGGAAGCAGCGCGAAGAAGUGAAGAAGAACGCGUGGCCAGAGAGGCAGAGGAAGCAACGCGCAAAGCGGAACAAGAACGCUUGGCCAGAGAGGCUGAGGAAGUAGCGCGCAAAGCGGAAGAAGCACGUGUGGCCAGAGAAGCAGAGGAAGCAGCACACAAAGCCGAAGAAGAACGCCUGGCCAGAGAAGCGCAGGAAGCCGAGGAAGCAGCGCGCAAAGCGGAAGCAGAACGCCUGACCAGAGAGGCAGAGGAAGCAGCACAGAAAGCACAAGAAGAACGCUUGGCCAGAGAAGCGGAGGAAGCAGCACAGAAAGCAGAAGAAGAACGUUUGGCCAGAGAAGCGCAGGAAGCAGAGGAAGCAGCACGCAAAGCCGAGGAAGAACUCCCGGCCAAAGAGGCAGAGGAAGCAGCACGCAAAGCGGAAGCAGAACGCCUGAUCAGAGAGGCAGAGGAAGCAGCACAGAAAGCAGAAGAAGAACGCUUGGCCAAAGAGGCAGAGGAAGCAGCACGCAGAGCGGAAGAAGAACGCUUGGCCAGAGAAGCGGAGGAAGCAGCACAGAAAGCAGAAGAAGAACGCUUGGCCAGAGAAGCGCAGGAAGCAGAGGAAGCAGCACGCGAAGCGGAAGCACAACGCUUGGCCAGAGAAGCGGCGGAAGCCGCACAGAAAGCGGAGGAAGCAGCACAGAAAGCAGAAGAAGAACGCUUGGCCAGAGAAGCGGAGGAAGCAGCACAGAAAGCAGAAGAAGAACGCUUGGCCAGAGAAGCGCAGGAAGCAGAGGAAGCAGCACGCAAAGCGGAAGCAGAACGCUUGGCCAGAGAAGCGGCGGAAGCAUCAAAGAAAGCAGAAGAAGAACGCUUGGCCAAAGAGGCAGAGGAAGCAGCACGCAAAGCGGAAGAAGAACGCGUGGUCAGAGAGGCAGAGGAAGCAGCACGCAAAGCAGAAGAAGAACGCUUGGCCAGAGAAGCGCAGGAAGCAGAGGAAGCAGCGCGCAAAGCGGAAGCAGAACGCUUGGCCAGAGAAGCGGAGGAAGCAGCACAGAAAGAAGAAGAACGCUUGGCCAGAGAAGCGGAGGAAGCAGCACAGAAAGCAGAAGAAGAACGCUUGGCCAGAGAAGCGGAGGAAGCAGCACAGAAAGCAGAAGAAGAACGCUUGGCCAGAGAAGCGGAGGAAGCAGCACAGAAAGCUGAAGAAGAACGCCUGGCCAGAGAGGCACAGGAAGCAGCACAGAAAGCAGAAGGAGAACGCCUGGCCAGAGAGGCAGAAGAAGCAGCACGCAAAGCGGAAGAAGAACGCUUGGCCAGAGAGGAAGCAGCACAGACAUCGGAUCAGAUUCUGCCAACCAAAGAGGGACACGGUGCAGCUAAGCUGGAUGCACUGGCCCAAGAUACUGCCGUCUUUGGGCCGGGGGCAGAGAAAACCCUGGCCGAUGAAGUGCAGACUCAUGGGCAAGCUUCCUUCGGGAAAGGUUCGACCAUGCCUGAGGCAGUCAGGCUACACGCCGCACAGCUUGACGCAGAGGAGGAUUUGCUCGGUGGCCCUGAUGUCUGCUCCCGGCCUGUGGAUAUCCUGGAGGAUGUGUUAGGCCCCAACACGGCGACUGCCACUUUCGACCAGGAUGCGACUGGUGCCGGACAGCGACUUCCUGCAAGCCCCCCUCAGCCACAAGCAGAAGUGCCAGAAGCGAGUGCCUUGCCAGAGAAGCCGGUCACGCUGGCAUUAGAGUCCGAUGAGGAGGACCUCCUGGGUGGCACAAGCGUUGCAAGUCGGCCACUUGCCACGUCUGCCGACGAAGAUCUGUCUUCUCUGGAAUGCCGAGUACCGCCGCUACCCGUCGGCCAAGCCAGAAAUGCUGUGCCUAAUGGCCCAAUGUCAACAAAGGACUCGGCAGUUUUCUCUCCUUCGGUGGUUCUGGUGCUGACUGGCGAGGGCACGAAGGACUUGCCAGCGGAGAAACGACGGCUAGGUCCAAUGACUCUAAGGCAAGGACCCUGGAUCAUGGGCCGGCGGCAUCAGCGGGAGUUCUUGCAAGCGGUCGUGAAAGAAGAGUACAUCGACUUCGUGAGUCGUAACCACUUCGCAAUCGCUUUCGAAGACCAGUGCUUCUUCUUGUUGGCCUUAUCUCAAAACCGGAUCUGGUUGGACAGAGGGGAGGCCUCGGGGACAAGGAGCCUGCAGCGUGACGAAAUGCAGCGACUGCAACCUGGAAACCGCAUCCUGCUUGGCACCAGCGAGGCCGGAGACUCCGCAGGGAUCGAUUCACCGAGGCUCACUCCGCUGAGAGGACUCAAAGCAACAUGGGAGCUGCUGGAACUGGAUCCUGAAGCCUAUCUCUGUUGUUUUGAAGCAAGUUCUCCAAUUACACUGCUCAAAAAGACAUCAUCCACAUGCAUCCUUUUCGGCACAUGCACUCAACCGUUGUGGACAACUUGA